CCGUCAGUCCGAGCUGCCAGGCUGAGUAUGGACACUGACUGCUCUCUGCUCAUCAACAACAUCACUGAUGAGGAUGCUGGUCGCUACAACCGUCGACAGGCCGAUAAAGUGGAAAUUUUUGUGAAUCUAAAUAUUUUGACAAUCAGACCAUCUCCACCAGAUGCUGAUGCCAAGGGAGAUGGAAAUAUCACAUUAAGGUGUACUCUGCUGUCAUAUGACAAGUGUCGAGCAAACAGCAUCCGUUGGGUGAAUGAGACAGGCUCUGUGCUGCGUGGUGAAGGUCUCGGAUACAAAGUCACCGUGCAGAGAAACUGUAACUCUGUUCUGACUGUGACGCGUCAGAUUGGUCCCAACAGAACCUUCACCUGCCAGAAGGUUGAUGAGAUCAACAAUGUCCAGAUAGAGGAUCACUACACACCUUUCUUCACACAUGGGUUCAGAGGUAGUCCACCAAAAGAGUCCAAUACAGGUUGGUCUCCUCUGGACUACGUCAUGCUGACUCUGCGUAUUGCAGGACUUUUCAUGAUUCCUCUGACUGUUGUCGUUCUUCUACUCAAACACAGAAGAGGGAACGAAACACCACCUGAUGAAAACAAUAUGCGCAAUGAUGGCGAUGAAGUUAUAUAUGAAAAUGUAGAAGCACCUUCUGCUGCUACCGGACAGCACUGAUCAACAACCUUCACAUCAACUCAAAAACAAGUAAAAUGUCAUUUUACAUGAGUGAUCAAAGCUUUGAGAUAAAAUGAGGUUUUUGGAUAUUUUUAUAUUUAUAAUGUGCACUUGUAAUGAAAAAAAACAAUCAUUGAUAAGCAUUUAUUAACAAACAAAGAAUUUAAAGCAGCUUUUUUUUCUCUUUCAGCUCAUAGCUUUAGUUUAAGGGUUCAUUUAGUUUCUGGUUCAGUCUUAGAGCUCCC